AUGGGAGGUGUCCGACACGCAGCGGAUUUUGUUCCACCAGACGCAGAGUGCCAGCUGAAGGAGGGGAGCAGCCAGAGGAUUCCCCGCCUCACAGUGAAGGGCAGAGAACACUGUCUGGUUCUUCUCCAAGAGGCUCUCUGCAGCCACCAGGGGGCAUACAGCAGCUUUGACGAGUCACUGCCGUUAGCUGUGGAUUUGGAACAUGCAAUCUUCAAAAACAGCAAGACCUCCAAUACAUACAAAGCUUCAGUUCUUAAAAAGGUGUCGGAGCUGAAGAGCAUGCCCGUCACCUCAAAGGGAGAACUGGCUGAAGCUGAGAGGAAACAGGAUAGUAAAGAAAACCAAACCGCAGAUAUGCCCAGUCACCAAGAGGGGGAGCCAUCAUCAUCAUCAUCAUCGUCAUCCUCUUCAUCCAUGGGCUUCACGUCUGCUUCACAAGUGUACUCUAUGAAGCGCAAAAGAGUGGGUGCAGGUCUCAGGGGCUCGUCCAAUCCCUUCCAGAGCGCUAGAGACCUGUUGUCGUCCACUAUGGGCCAGUCCGUGCCUGAGCCGCUGGCUGACAUCUCUGGGAACUCCCCAGCUCUGGACUCCUCUGUGACCUCAUCAAUACGAGCCAGAGUCAGCGCCUUAAACAGCCCCCCCAACAAAGUCAGAGCUCUGAGCAAGACGCAGCAGAAGUUGGCGGACGCGGCCAAAAACUCUCGGACCAUUUCUCAUUAUUUUGCAACAAAGGAGACACAUGGUAAACAGGCAACAGAAAGCUCCGUAACUCUAACGGUCAGUGAUGACGUGAGAUUGGAGCACUUGCCGGGCCUUGAGGAUGACGUGCAAAAGAGUCCCAUAAAAGUGGAAGAUGAGGAUGUAAUAAUGCUGUCUGAAGAGGAGAAGGAGAGUGUUCAAGAGCCUCCAGUGGAAUCUAUCAUGUCUGCUCCAGAACUAAACAACAACACAGCGACAGCCGUGACGCCUCCACAAGAAGUAAAGCAUAAAGUAAAAACACAGAGGGCACCUUCGUUCACCGCAAAGCGCAAUCGUCCAGUGGAGGACCGGCGCGUGACCUUUAACCCGCACAUAGACGAGAGGGCGGUGGUCCCGGAGAGGGAGGCCCCUGCAGCAGUCACACUAAAGGAGGCGGCAGAUAUAGUGGUGCGGUGUUUGGACCCUUUCUAUUCUCAGGGACGCUUUUCCACCAAGGAGUUGUUCAAGUCAUUUGCCCGUUUUUUGUCUCACCUACUAACAGAAGGAACUACAAAAGGAAGAGGGCAAAUCAAAGCAGAGGCCAAAGCUCUUAUCAACAAGUUCUUCAGCAAAGUCCAGCGCUGUGAAAGUGAAGGUGACUGGAAGCACCUUAAAAGACCUGCACCCUGUAAAGCAGAGGACAAAAAAGAGUAA